GUAGUUCAGCAGAUUUUCGAAAAUCCUGACUGUAAGAUGGUUGGUACGUCCCAUCUUUUGUCAUAUUUUAAGAAGACUCUUAGCUUGAGUUCUGGAAGUGUAGUUAGGUGUCUACAUCACGCGCGAAUCAGAGUAGCGAAUCCAGUUGUUGAUUUGGAUGGAGACGAAAUGACUCAUAUAAUCUGGGAUAAAAUCAAAUCCACUGUAACUAAAAAUGAUAUUUAUCGGAUACAUAGUAGCUUAUAUUUCCGUUCGUGGACGUUGAGUGUAAAUAUUACGACCUGGGACUUCCCAAUCGUGACCGAACUAAUGAUCAAGUAACGAUUGAGGCAGCACAUGCUAUUAAACAAUAUAAUGUGGGGAUCAAGUGUGCGACCAUAACUCCUGAUGAAGAACGUGUAAAAGAGUUUAAUUUAAAAGAGAUGUGGCUGUCUCCAAACGGGACUAUUCGUAAUAUCCUUGGUGGUACUGUUUUCCGCGAACCUAUUUUAUGUGCAAACGUUCCUCGACUUGUUCCUGGAUGGACAAAACCGAUUGUGAUUGGCCGUCAUGCUCAUGGAGAUCAAUACAAAGCUACAGAUAUGGUCAUUAAAGAACAAGGUGUUUUGGAACUUGUAUUUACACCCAAAUCGUCUGGACUUGAAAAACGUGUGAAAGUUUUCGACUUCAACGGAGGUGGAAUAGGCCUUAGUAUGUACAAUACAGAUGAAAGUAUUUAUGGUUUUGCACGUAGCUGUUUCGAAUAUGCAUUAAAUAAAAAUUGGCCUUUAUAUUUGAGUACUAAGAACACUAUCUUGAAACAAUAUGAUGGUAGAUUCAAAGAUAUAUUUCAAGAGGUGUAUAGCCAGGAUUAUCAAAAGAAGUUUGAAAAUAAUAAAAUCUGGUAUGAACAUCGAUUAAUUGAUGAUAUGGUGGCACAAACACUUAAAUCAGAUGGCGGUUUUGUUUGGGCUUGUAAAAAUUAUGAUGGUGAUGUUCAAAGUGAUGUUAUUGCUCAGGGUUAUGGAUCAUUAGGUCUUAUGACAUCUGUAUUAAUGUGUCCUGAUGGAAAAACUAUUGAAUCUGAAGCAGCUCAUGGAACUGUUACACGUCAUUAUAGAGAGCAUCAAAAAGGUCUUCCAACUAGUACAAAUCCAAUUGCUUCUAUAUUUGCAUGGACUAGGGGUUUGGAACAUAGAGGCAAAUUAGAUGGAAAUAAUCAGUUAAUUGAGUAAGUUUUAUUUAUUUGUAUAAAAAGUAACCUAAUGAAAAAUCUCUGUUAUGUUUUUAUUAAUCAUUCGUAAUAUAGUGACUUAGUCAAACUAUUGACUUGUUCAUUAUGUAAUACUUAGAUUAUGAAAUCAUGUAGGUAAAAAAUAUGCUAUUGUUAUGUGAGAUGAUUUCUGGAUUAAUGUAUGUUUUCGAACAAUCUGACAUGGAUGAGGUUGAGAAGAAUACUGUUGUAUGGUUGUUCUAAAAUAAUACUGUAAAUAAGCUGACGAACUUUGAAGCAAUGAAUCAAUUUUAUACAUUAGGAAUUUGGAAAUUAAACCAUUGUUUUGAGGAUUAUUACAAGGAGUGUAUAGAGUACCGAUCAGUAGAUGAAACGAUAGAGUAUAAUCAAGAGAUAACUUCACGAUAUUAAACUAGUGAUACAAGGUAGAGAUUAACUGUUAUCGAAAACUUUGGGAACACAUGUUUUUGCUUUAUUAUCAGUCAGUCAUCUAUACCGUAGAAGCAGGUACAUAUAUGCGUCGAUCCAAAUUGUCAUACCGCGUUAGCACAACAAGAUGAACACCAAAUUCAUAGAAGUAGUCACUUCAAUGGUAGUAAUAUAUAAAAGAAAGAUUUUAUUUAAGGAAGAAAUAAUUAGUUUGUAGAAAUAAAGGUAUAAAGCAAUUUCAAUUUCAUGGUUUAAAAGAAGACAAGCACUGUAUACACUUACCCCAUUGUGAUCGAUUUUGAGCCAUGUCACCCAGAGUCUCCAACCACUGGUUACUAUAGUUACGCGGACCCCAACCGAGUAGUCUGCAUCUAUCGACAUGGUUCAGACUAGGAGGUAGUGCUUUUAUGGACUGGUGUCACGUUUUGGUUUGGCCACCCCUAACUUUCUUCCAACAAUUUCCAACAGUAGUCAGCAUAGAAGUAUCUGUUCGAACGGUAAUUCAAAAAAUAUUUUACGCUCGUUCAUUUAUCGCUGACAUCGGUCCUAAGUAGUGUUGCACUAAGCUCCACAUUUACAUUGAACAAACUCGAUUGAGUCUGCAUUAAUAUUCUUCUUUGUAUUACUUAAGUAAAAAUAUUCACUGUAAUUAAAUCGUAGUAGUUGCAUCGUAACCUAUUGGGUCCUAAAUAGCAAUCAAAAGUGAAUUCUAUCAUCAAAUUAAUGGGCUGGCUAAAACACGUUCAACAAAUAUGUACAGUAGUUUUAGUGUGAAACUUGAAUUUAUGAGUAGGACAUUUUGAUAUAAUUUAAAUGGUUCAUAUGAACUUGUUGGUCAUGAAUGAAAUAAUGCGAAUAGUUGACAGUAGCUUUCUUCAGAUUAAAAUUAAUUCUUAGUCGUCUUACAGUUAUUGUUAGUGUAAUUUUGAUGCUCGACAUUACUUAGUAUUUCGAACGAAAUUGAUUAAAUGCUCUAGAUAGACAAUUAGUUGGUUCUGAUUGUUAAAAGAUUGAUGGAAUAUUUCUACUAUAGAAUAGUGAGGUUAGACACAGGGUAUUAGGGAAUGAUGGUAAAUCAGUUGAUGAAAUUGUGAAUUUUUAUCGACUGAGAUGGUUGAGACACGUGUUGCAUAUACUUGAACACCGAUUACCACAACGCGUGAUGCUGACUAGUGUUGGAGAUGGUUGGAGGAAAGUUAGUGGCGGUCAAACCAAAACGUGGCAUCAAUACUUGAAGUCACUAACUUCUAGUCUGAGCUAUGUUGUUAGAUACUACUGGACUACUUGGUUGGGGUCCGUGUGACUAUCGUAAUCAAUGGUUGUAGACUCUUGGUGACAUGGCUUAGAAUCGAUCACAAUGGUGUGGGUGUAUACACUCUCUGUCUUCCCUUAAACUAUGAGAUUAAAUUCGCUUCAUAUCUUUAUUUCUACAAACCAAUUCUUUCUUCCUGUACUGUCUUUAUAUGCAUUCUUUCUUCUAUAUAUUACGACCACUGAUUUAACUACUUCUAUGAAUUCGGUGUUCAUCUUGUUGUGUUUAUGAGGUAUGGCAACUUGGAUCGAUGCAUAUAUGUACCUGAUCCUACGUUGUAGCGGACUAUAGAAUUUUAUUAUAAUCAAAUAUAUACUGAUCAUGUUUUCAAUUUGAUUCCAAAUUAAAAUUAUUGUAAAUUAUUCUUUCUAAAAUUUGUAUUUAUUUAUUUUCAUUUGAUUCACAGAUUUUGUCAUCAUCUAGAAAAAGCUUGUAUUAAUACUGUAGAAUCAGGUAGAAUGACAAAAGAUUUAGCUAUUUGUAUCUAUGGUAGUAAAAAUGUGAAAUUAGAACAUUAUUUAACAACGAUGGAUUUCUUAGAUGCAAUUGUUGAUCGAUUUAAAAAACAAAUCAAUUUGAAAUAGUUUAUUUAUUUUACUGGGUUUGUUUCCUUCCUCCCUCCCUCAUUUCCUACUAAGUUUUAAUGACAAAAAUUGAUCAAUGUAAACACUUCUUCUGUCAUGGUGAAUUUUUUUUGAUUGUUUAAUACUAUUGAUAAGUUUGUACUUCGUUAUUAUUAUUAUUAUUAUUUUUUUGUAAUUCAUAUCAAAUAAAGAAUAUUUUCAUCAUCUCAAAAGAUUUUUGUUGUGAUGGCCUAUGGUGUCCAAAAUCAGAUACUGAUAUACGGUGUGUUAUAUGUGUUAAUCUCCAAACUGACUACUUAAACGAGAACACAAGAGUGAGAAUGGAAGUGUAAAGGACUACCGAAUGAAAUGCACGGAUAUUUAUAUAUACUUAUCAUUCUAAUAUUUAGGGAACUGAUCCAUUAGUUAGCGAAUGUAAU